GGUGAAUGUGAAGCUGAGAUUCACUUUGAUGAUACUAUAAAUUUUUCCAAUAUUGAACAGAGAUGCAAAAUUACUCCAGCCCCUGGGAAGGUGACCCAGUCCUUUUCCGGAUGUCUUGGCUGCUGGCACAACAUGGACACCCAAAGCACAGAACUGGUGCCUAUUGUCAAAUACACCGUAGGACAAUUUAACAACCAAAGUGAGAAGCAAUCCCUUUUUGAUGUUAGAGAAAUAACAAAAGCCCAACGUCAGGUCGUCGCCGGGUGGAACUACAAAUUUGAGUAUUCUGUAAAAGAGACAAAUUGUUCCAAGGAUAAAUUUUCAGAUUUGACUCCGGAAUGCAAACUGAUUCCUGCAGGGGGUGAAGGUACUUGUACAGUUGAGGCCUAUGUGGAUAUUAGAAACACACUUGUGCGUGCCGACCAGAACUGCAAGCUUGCAGUUGAGCAUAGCAUUUGUGCUGGUUGCCCCACAUCAAUUGCAACGGACAGUGAAAUAUUGAAGGAACCACUGGAUGCAGCUCUGGAAAAAUAUAAUUCAGAAAGCAGCAAUGACUUCUAUUAUAAAGUUGUCAGCGUCACAAAAGCUACCUCCCAGGUCGUGGCUGGAGUAAUGUACAGAAUAGAGUUCAAUAUUAAGAAGACUGAUUGUUCCAAGGCUGACUUUCCCAAGCUGAGUGAUGGCUGUAGUGCUAUAGAAGAAAGUGUACCGUUGACCUGCACAGCCUCUGUUUAUAUGAAGGCCUGGAAGCAUGAAGUUGCUGCCAAAGUGACAUGUGAACCACCUAAUAGAACAAUACUUUUAAGGAGACCUCCAGGUUUUACUCCUUUCCGAAAAGCCAACAUGAAUUUAAAGAGACCUUCGACAGAAAGCGAACACAGAACUGGAGAUGAAUUAAAUCUUGCUUUGGGAGAGCUUCAGGAAGAUGUAAAGGAGCAAGAAGAUGACAUUGCAACAAUAAGCCCGAACAAAGAUCUCCUUUUGGAUCUCCCAUCCUCACCAGACAGCAGUCAGAGUUUAUUGUCUCUCUUUGAUACAGUGCCAGAUCUGCCAGAACCGAAGUGUCCAGGAAAACCCUGGAAACCUAUCAUAACUCCUGCAGUACCUAUUGAUGAACCUGGUGACUUUGACCUUAAGGAUCUUCUGCCUCUCCCUGGUGAAGAAAGCACCGUUGGGCCCCAUGAAACUGUUCCACUUGUGACUGAGAAGACCUCUGAAGAUGCUGAUCUGGCAGGUGGCCUUUCCUUUGGGGAUUUUGAUCUUGCACAUGCUCUCUCCUAAUUCAAAAAACAUUUCUUCAGGAACUCUUAAAAGCCUGCAAUAAACCUGGUGGAAAGGUUCUUGGGAUUUGGGGGGGCUGUGGCCAAACAUAACGUUAACAGGAAUAAUGGCAGUUUCUUCUCAUUGCAGAAUGAACCUGGAUUCCUCCUGCCUAUGCAGUGGAACUGCCAGAUGCACAAGUGAAAAAGUUCUAACAUGAUUUGGCAAUUUUAUCACUUCUUCCCCAUG